CGACAGUCACCCGCAAUGCCCCUCCACGACCUCCCAAAGGUCUCCUUCACUCUCAUCACAGACGAUCCAGCCCUUCUCCAUCCAGCAGGCGUACAGUCCGAGCAAAGCAGAUCGUACGGAUACAAUGACUUCUCUGACUUCGAAAGACCGGAGCACUACAUUCGCUAUAUAGAACCCAUCGAGUCAGAGUUGGCAGUGCAGGUUGAAUAUGACAUGGACGAACAAGACCAAGCAUGGUUAGAUACUUAUAAUGCUGAACGAAAGAAAGACCAAUGUGGGCCCAUUUCGUACGAAGUAUUCGAGAUUAUCAUGGACAAACUGGAGAAGGAAUGGUUUAACUUGUCUAAGCGGAUACCGCAGCCGCAACAACAACUGGCACCUGAAGAUUCUAAAUGCUCCAUCUGCGAUGAUGGUGAGGGAGAAAACUCGAACGCGAUUGUGUUCUGUGACGGAUGUAAUUUGGCGGUCCAUCAAGACUGUUACGGUGUGCCAUAUAUCCCGGAGGGCCAGUGGCUUUGUCGCAAGUGUACGGUCUCUCCUGAGAACCCAGUAUCUUGCAUCUUCUGUCCUAACGAAGGCGGAGCUUUCAAGCAAACUACUACAGGCCAUUGGGCUCAUCUGCUAUGCGCAAUCUGGAUACCAGAGACCACCCUAGGAAAUUCCAUAUAUAUGGAGCCAGUCGAGUCAGUGGAGUUGGUGCCGAAGGGCAGAUGGAAGCUGGUCUGUUCAUUGUGCAAAGAGAGAGUCGGAGCUUGCAUUCAAUGUGAAAACCGGAAUUGUUUCACGGCCUUCCAUGUCACUUGCGCAAGACAGUUGGGUUUAUUAAAAAGCAUGAAAUCAUUGACAACCGACGGAACUCUGCAUGCGUACUGUCAUAAGCACAUGCCAUUGGAUGAAUCAAAGGAUCAGGAAGUGGAGGAUGAGGAGGAAGAGGACGAUGGCUGGGAAGUGUCCCCUCGCAACCAUCACGCUCAUGCCAAAACGAAAUCUAAAACUCAAUCUUCCAAGUCACGAACGUCGAAGUCUCACCCCACACCUACGGCAAAACGCCCAGCUCAACCAUUGGUUAUACCUGUCACCAAGAAAUCUGCCCAAGCGCAUUCCAAAUCUUUUCGUCCUGGCCCGCCCAUCAUUCCCAAGAUGAUCGUGAAUAGAAUUCUAGAGUAUGUCGGGAAAGUUCAGUUGAGGAAGAAGCCUCAGGUUGUAGAGAAGAUAUGUAGGUAUUGGAGUCUGAAAAGGGAAGCAAGAAGAGGAGCGCCACUGUUGAAAAGGUUGCAUCUUGAGCCUUGGACAGCAUCCACAGCCGCUAGAACUCAGACCGAGUCUGAAAAGGCUCAAAAACUCAAAUUUUUACAGAUGCUUCGAAACGACCUUGAAAAGGUUCGCAUGCUGGCGGACCUCGUUCGGAAGAGAGAAAAAGAAAAGUUGCGACAGGCGCAAGUUAUCAAAGACGUGAUAGAUCGAUUCAUCUUUCCAUAUAGCGAGAGACUGAGGGUGACUUUAGAGAGAAUAUCUGCAAUGGAUCGACGCGAGAUGUUUUUGAACCCGGUCACCCCAGCGGAAGCGCCUGAUUAUUCCGAUAUCGUCAAAGAACCGAUGUGUUGGUUGUAUAUAGACGAAAAGCUGGAAAAGAACGCUUAUAUAGAUAUCGCAGAUUUCAAGCGUGAUAUCAUGCUCGUGCUUGACAACGCCAUGCUAUACAACGCCAGAGAUACACCUUUUCAUCGUGCGGCGUCCAAACUCAAAACUGCUGCUCAGCCUCUUUUGAAUGAGCUCGACUCCAUCACAGCAUCCCAUCAAUCCACCUCUACAGAGUCCCUUGUACCGUCUGACCUCCCAGUUGGGGACCUCGAGCCUGCUUUGCCCCAUAUACUCGCCUUCUUCCAAGAAACAACUGUCUCCUCACAACCUGAGGAACCUCAAGACCUGCUGACAUCCCUUUUUGCAACCGAGCUUGAACCCCCCAAACCUCCCACACCGACACCAUCACCUCCCCCCCAACCCAGAAAAUACCGCAGGCCUACAAAGGAAGAGAAGCAGAAGAAGUGGAACGCAUUGGUAAAGGAAAGACAAGAGAAGGGACUAGGAAGGUCGACUAGGGGAACGGAGAAGUUGACAAGAGAGUUCGAAGAAGAGGCAGGGUUAGCUGCGGCCGCUACUCAAAGGGAGAAGAGCACCCCUGUGCCAGCGGAAGAAGGUAAUGGGAUGGGUAUAGAUCAUGAUAGAAGAGCGGUGCGCAGGAGCACACGAAAUUCACUUGGAGGGGCAUCUUCUGCGGUCAGCACUCCCAAAUCUGCCCCAAGGCAAAGGAAAAGGGAGCCUGCGCAAGUGCCUGUGGCGGAAGAGCCUUCUAGAUCAGCUCGCUCAACGUCCACCAUUCUCCCGCCGACUCGACAGCAACGUGGUGUAAUAGGUCUUGAGGCUUUGCCUCUUCUUACUACCAAAGAACGUUUGGAACAAGAGCGUGCUCUUGAUCUCACUACCACUGAGAUUGAUGCAGCAGACCAGUUCAAGAGAUUCAAUGUGGGAUGGGUUCUGCCUGAAGGUACGAAAAGGAAAAGGAGCCAAAAUGCGACGAGCGGUGGUGCAAGUAGUACCAUCUCAAGAGCACCAAACAAUUCAACAUCACGCGCAAGGGGUAAGAAAAAUGAAGCAAGUCCAUCUGCAGCACCGGCAACGUCUAAAUCAAAGUCCAGGUCAAGGAAGGGCUCACACAAUAUCAGCGUUAUCCAAGAGGAAGAAGAGGGUGAGAUUGAGGUUACUACCCCCAAAAGGUCCGAUAAAGGCAAUGCCGUCGAGCCGGAGAACGGUGGUUUCAUCGAGGCCGCCGAUGACGACAGCGACCUUUCACCCCCUCCUACAAGUUUGCCUGGAUCGGCAGCUCCAAGUCCAAGAGCAACGAGCAGCAUCGCUAAGCCAGCUGAUGCACAUGGAUCCGACAUCGAAAAUGAUGCAAGGAGCGAUGACGAAGAUCAAUUGCAAACUGAAAAAAAGAAGCCGGAUCUGGAAGGGCAAGGAGAUCAAGAGACAAUCUCGCACGGCACCAAACGAAAGGGCGAAAGUGAUAUCGAAACUCCUGUCAGAGAGAAGAAAAGAUCGAAAACCACACAGGCUAAAGAGGAGAAGGUGGCAAAAACACCACCAAAAGGAAAAGGGAGGGUCAAAGCCCUUUAUCCACCUGGAACAUUAGUCUGGGCUAAAAUCCACACAUUCCCCUUUUUCCCUGCCGAAAUUGUCGAUCUAAUUGACGAUCGCGAUGAAGUCCCUGACGCGGUGCUGAAGGAGGAGACUGCCUCUCGCGCGGCUGCCAAAAAUGUGAAUAAGGACGUAUGGCUCGUGAGAUUCUUUGACGCGAGAUCGAGUUACGGGUGGAUAACUGGAGACAGGCUGGACGAGCUUGGAGAGGACGAAAAUGUUGACGCCAUGUAUCUGGCGGGCAAGGACAGAGAAGGGAAGAGUAAAGGGUUUAAGACACCUAGCCUGAAGAGGGCUUGUAGGAAGGGCUAUCGUGAUGCUCUAAAUAGCAUGGAAACCAGUGCAAACGAAGGUGGGAGGAAAGAGAAAUAAAUUAAAUAUCUAUCAUGUAAUAAUGUCAGAGUAUGUUUUACAAACUCCCAGACUUCAUUGUACUUCUAGUGUCACAUAUGCAUCUCAUAAUAGGAC